UGCGAUAAGGAUUGUGCCGUCAUUCCAUGGAAGCCAUCCAGCCUGGGCCAUCAUUCCUUUGGAACGCUCAGGAUUGAGCACAUUCUUAUUACUACAGGAACCAACACGGGCCUUUCCAAGACAGCACAGACAGCAAGGCAGGCACAGUGCAGGGCUCCUCUGUAACAUGGCGGACACGGAGGAGGCAUAUGGGAUGCCUGAUACCCCAGUGGAACCAGACCCCAAAGAACUGCAGUGUGACCCCAAACAGGACAGCCAGCUGGGGGGCAGCAGCAAGACCCCCACCUCGCCACAGGCUGCCUUUACUCAGCAGGGCAUGGAAGGUAUUAAGGUGUUUCUGCACGAGAGGGAGCUGUGGAUGAAAUUUCACGAAGUUGGCACCGAAAUGAUAAUUACUAAGGCUGGACGGCGUAUGUUUCCCAGCUACAAGGUGAAAGUUUCUGGCCUCAACCCAAAAACUAAAUACAUCCUCCUCAUGGAUAUCGUGCCAGCUGAUGAUCAUAGAUACAAGUUUGCAGACAACAAAUGGUCUGUGACUGGGAAGGCAGAACCUGCAAUGCCAGGACGUUUGUACGUCCACCCAGACUCACCUGCCACAGGAGCCCAUUGGAUGAGGCAGCUGGUAUCCUUCCAGAAGUUGAAGCUCACCAACAAUCACUUGGAUCCAUUUGGUCAUAUAAUCUUGAAUUCGAUGCACAAAUACCAACCAAGACUGCACAUUGUUAAAGCGGAUGAGAAUAAUGGAUUUGGGUCCAAGAACACUGCUUUCUGCACCCAUGUGUUCUCUGAGACCGCAUUUAUAGCGGUCACAUCAUAUCAGAACCACAAGAUCACACAGUUAAAGAUUGAGAACAAUCCAUUUGCUAAAGGGUUUAGAGGAAGUGAUGACAUGGAGCUGCAUCGCAUGUCCAGAAUGCAGAGUAAAGAGUAUCCAGUGGUCCCUAGAAGCACAGUCCGGCAGAAGGUGUCCUCCAACCACAGUCCUUUCCCUUCUGAGACACGCAAUAUCAUUGGGUCUUCCAACCUUAAUUCACAGUAUCAGUGUGAGAAUGGAGUGAGCAGCACAUCACAAGACCUGUUGCCCACAUCAAAUCCUUACCCUGCUCUACCCCAUGAGCCUGGCCCAAUAUAUCAUUGCAGCAAAAGGAAAGUAAGUGAAGAAUCAACUGAGCAUGCUUACAAAAAGCCCUACAUGGACACAUCUCCAAGUGAAGAGGAUCCUUAUUAUCGGUCUGGAUAUCAACAACCUUCAUCCUCUUCCUCCACCUCCACCUCCUUCCGCACAGAAUCUGCCCAGCGCCAAGCUUGCAUGUAUGCCAGUUCGGCACCGGCAGCCACAGAACCUGUGUCUGCUUUAGAGGACAUUUCCUGCAACAGCUGGUCUAGUGUGCCCUCUUACAGCAGUUGCACAGUAGGUAGUGGGAUGCAAUCCAUGGAGAGACUGCCCUAUCAGCAUUUCUCAGCUCAUUUCACCUCCAGCUCCCUUAUGCCCAGACUGGGAAACCAUACAGGCACACCACCUGCAGAUUCCCACUCCAUGUUUCAACACCAACCUUCUCAUCAGACCAUUGUGAGGCAAUGUGCACCUCAGUCUGGGUUACAACAAGCUUCGGCUCUCCAGUCCUCUGAAUUCAUCUACCCCCAUGCUGUGCCCCGGACCCUGUCCCCACACCAGUACCAUUCUGUCCAUGGGGUGGGUAUGGUGCCAGACUGGAGUGAUAACAGCUAACAGGGCAGAUACAGAAUAUGUAGAUGGAUUUUGAGCAAAACGUCUAAGCACAGUCUUUUUGGGCCUUCUAAAGGUGGACAUUUGUUGAAAGACUCACAUCAUUUGUAUGCUGGAACCUAAUUUCCUGAUGACCUCAAAAGAAACAAUGAACAAAUUCUUUCACUUUCUUCCUGUCAUACACCCCAAAGGGGUUCACAGACAAGAUUGCAAUUAAUUCCGGAUACGUAACCUUCCCAAAAUGAAAUGGAACACUAAGAAUAAGUUUAAGAUUGCCCUGUAGAUUGGCACUUCACAUACCAGGGUUUAACCCUAAAGGAGUGUACAUGUUAAAGGGCAAGGAAGCAAAACAGUAAUGCACUUCAUGUACUCACCUGCCUGUCUCUGCCAAGAAUAUUUGGUGUUUGCAGUGUGUUACACAGUGUGAUGUAGGAGGCUGGAGGCGUCAAUAAAAAAUGUGUAGAACAUA